AUGACUCACUCACAGUUGCAAUUGAGUCAAUUCAGUCAAUCUGAUCAAUCUGAAAAUGAUCAGAGGGGCAUGAGCUCACUGACCCCCUCAGAGAUGUUCAAGAGUUUCAAUAUUGAACUCUCUGAAAUGCUCAAUUUGCAAGCUGAGCUGAUUUCAGCCUCUAUCAUAGUGAGGCUGAUCCGCUUACAUCAUGUUGAAUAUGCUGAUCUGACUUCUUCAGAAGAUGAGGUAGAGAUGUCUGCAGUGACUUCUAAUCUAUUGCUAGCAAUCAACUCUGAAGAAUCACAACUGAGGAGAUUAAAUCUUAAAUGUCAAAAGAUUGAUUUAGAACUUCAAAAAGAGAGGUGCAAAGAAUUACAGCUUCAACUUCAAUUGAAGAGGCUACACACUCACAAUGAAAGAGCUGUGAUGCCUGCAAAUCUACUGACAGAUUGA